CACUACUAUAUAACAAAUAAUUUGAGGUGUAAUGAGAUGGCUGAAUACAGUAAUCCACUCCGAAAAUUCAAAGUUGUCUUCCUCGGCGAACAGAGUGUUGGAAAAACCUCUCUAAUAACAAGGUUUAUGUACGACAGCUUUGACACCACUUAUCAGGCUACGAUUGGUAUUGACUUUCUGUCUAAGACGAUGUACCUGGAAGACCGAACAGUAAGACUACAGUUGUGGGACACGGCGGGACAGGAGAGAUUCAGGAGUCUUAUCCCAUCUUAUAUUCGGGACUCUACUGUUGCUGUCGUCGUAUAUGAUAUCACUAAUGCAAGUUCAUUUCAACAAGUCAACAAGUGGAUUGACGACGUGAGGACAGAACGUGGACACGAUGUUAUCAUUAUGUUGGUGGGCAAUAAAACAGAUCUCGCCGAUAAACGACAAGUUCCAAUUGACGAAGGGGAAAAGAAGUCCCAAGAUCUUAACGUAAUGUUUAUAGAAACUAGUGCAAAAGCUGGUUAUAACGUUAAACAGCUAUUUAAGAGGAUAGCGGCAGCCCUACCUGGAAUGGACUCUGGUAAUGACGGUAAAAACAACGAGGAUUUAAUAGAAGUGAAACUGAAGGACAAGACUGAGCCGUCAGCAGCGGAGGGGGGUUGUUAUUGCUAGGAGAUAUACUGUAUCCAGGUUCAGCUGUUGGAGAGUCCCAACCACAUCUCAUGCAAGAUUGCUACCGAACACAGAUUUAUUAUACCGAGCAGACAGUCUGGCCGCGAUCAGGGUUUUUAGUGAGCUUAUUUUGUAUGAAGAGACCGCUACUUCACUAUUUUACUUUACCAUUCGUGUUGAUCCAAUAGAUUGUUCAUAUCACAAGCUUGUUGAUAUGCGGAAUGUGAAAGUAUGGUCCUGAACAAUUGCUGUUUUGUCAAAUUAUUGAAAUGUUGCAGUGCAACGAUGUCUCCUAAAAUUUUCUUGUUGCACAUUGGCCUGUCAUGUUUUGACAUAGUGCGAUAAAUAUCAUAGGUGAGCCGGGCGGCGCCCUUAAUAAAUUUUGUUAUCUUUAUUUUAUCAAAAUCUAUCAUCUUCUGUAUAGGAUGAUUUAGGUUACCCAAGUAUAUCUUAAGACUGUUAUCAUUAUUGUAGAGUUGUAUCAAAAUAUCGUAUUGAAAUUUUCUUAAGUGACUGAUAUUUUAAUUUUAAAAUAUAAGCCAUGAUACGACAUGAAUUUGUUAAAAGUGAUACGUCUUAGUCUAAUCUUGUAUAUUGUUGUAUGUCAUGUUGAAGGAUUGGUGAAUGAUAAAUUUACUAUCAAUUUAUUCAGAA